AUGAAAGUCAAAGUAGAUGCAAUAAAACAGAGUUUAAAUGUAAAAAGCGCAGAAAAUGAAGAAAAUGUGAUUGUGAUUGGAAACCAAAAAUACGAUUUGUCACUCACCGAAUUUAUUGAAAUUGAGAUGGAGUCUGACAAACAAGUAGAUUUAGAUAAUUUUACAAUCACAAAAAACGUAUUUCUUGUUGCGGCAAACGGGUUUGAAUACAAUAACACGUCGUGCAAGUCGGGGCACUUCCAAAACGGCAUUUUCAUCUGUCAAAAUCAUAUACCAUGUUCUGAGGGUGGUAAGACCACCGAUGGAAGAUGUGCAGCAUGUCAAGAUGUAAAUUGUGUGAUGUGUGAUGGUGACAAUGGUAAUUGCAUGAAAUGCAAAGAGAAUUUGACAUACAAUACCAAAUCAAACACGUGUGAAGAAUACACAAACUGUCUUUCAUUUACAAAAGAUAAUUGUCUUCGGUGUAAUGAUGGUUUAGUAUUUAAAGGUAACAAUUGUGUUGAUAUCACCGAAGAUAAU